GUGUUUUGUUAGUCAGCUGUUCAUUCACACACUGCCGUGUGAUGUUAGUUUGUGUUUGCGUUCAUUUCGCGAGCGUCGGCACGCGCACAUUCUGUGUGUAGUUGCACAACAGAUUGUAAGAUGUUUGUUGAAGAUGCUUGUAAAGAACUUUGCACUAUUAGGACAGAACCACAUGCGUGAGUUACACAAACAGGAAGCUUGCAUCACAUGCUUUGUCAAAUCUAUCUAUGAUAAAGCACAAUUUAUGAAAGUCUUUUUUUUUAAUGUAAUGUUAUUUAUUUAUUUUUUCCGGAGUGACUCUGGAUUAGGGAUGUUAGCGUGUCUCGAACCUCAAGUCAUGCGUUAACUUUCAAAAACAGCCAUGGAGGAGCUGGACCCGGAGGAGCAGUUCCUCAGGGAUGCCAGGAACGGGAACCUAGAAGGUAUCCAGAGGCUAUUGAUGUCCAAGAUAAAGGAGGAGGCCAACAUCGACAUCAACUGCAAGGGCAAGAGCAAAUCAAAUCAUGGCUGGACGCCUCUUCAUCUGGCCAGUUACUUUGGACAUAAGGAUGUUGUUGAGGCAUUACUGAAGGCUGGAGCAGAUGCCAACUUGCCAAAUAAUGUCGGAGACACGGCCCUCCAUAAAGCAGCAUUCACAGGGAGGAAAGAGGUUGUAAUGUUGCUUCUUCAGUAUGACGCUUGUCCUUCUGUCAUCAAUGGGACGGCGGAGAUACCUAAAGAUGUUACCCAGAGCGCUGAGAUUAAAAGCAUGUUGGAGGCUGCGGAGAGGACUGAAGAGAGGAAACGAGAGGAGCAGCUGCUGGAGGCGGCGCGGGAAGGAACCAUAUCUACCCUCACUAGACUGCUAAACAUGAAGAAACCCCCGGACAUAAACUGCACGGACCUGCUGGGAAACACGCCGCUGCACUGCGCCGCUUACAGGGGUCAGAAACAGUGUGCCAUCAAACUCCUGCAACUCAAGGCCAACCCUAAUGUCAAGAACAAAAACGAUCAGACUGUUUUUGAUUUGGCUAAUGAUGCGGAAAUGAAGCAGAUCAUUGCAGGAAAUGUUAUGAAAGGCAUGACGCGGCAUGUUAAAACAUUUGAGGGGCCUCUUUGGAAGAGCUCAAGAUUCUUUGGCUGGCGCUCCUACUGGGUAGUUCUUCAAGAUGGAGUCUUGUCAUGGUACCCUAAACAGUCAGAUGUAGAUUCAAACACACGCCGGCAAGUUUGCAAACCGCUAACACAAGCCCAGUGCAUGAUUAAAGCGAAAGAUAACUGCUAUUUCACUGUCAAAUACUUUGAUGACAGCGUUCACCAUUUCAAAGUGUCACAGAAGAACAACCCCGAAGACACCAGAAAAAGGUGGCUGGAGGCCAUAGAGGAACAUUCUGCUUUUAGCACACAUUACUGCUCACAGGACCCUGACAGUGAGGAAGAGGAAGACAACGUUGUGUCAGUAAAUGAGCUUUCUGACUCACUUCAGCGGGCCGAGUUGUGCCAUCAGAGACUGGAGACUGAGCUGUUGGUCCUCCUGUCCAUGGUGAAAGAGGAUGACCUUGUGGAACGAUUGCCUGUGACAGUCGUUCAGAAGCUGAAGGAGGUCUGUGAAGCCUCCAGUGAAACCUGCUCCUCACUGCACCAGUGCCUGGGGCUUUUUUCCAGACAGGAAGGAGCACGCAGUUUGAAACUGGAGCACGAGGUGGAGAAGAAUAAAAUCCUGUCAGAGGCUCUGCAGACGCUGGCCACUGAACAUCAUGAGCUGGAGCAGUCGCUGGUCAAAGGAUCUUCGCCCCGCAGCGUCCGCAGUGAAGACGAGUUCUACGACGCUCUGUCUGAUUCGGACACUGAGACUGUGCUGAGCUGUUUUGAGGCGGCCGGCCACUCGUACGAAGACGGAGAGGACUUAAAGUCCGAGCUCUACUGCAGCGUCCCAACUCAUCUCGGCGGCAGGAUGUCUCAGGAAGAUCGUCGUGGAGAGGAAGAGGAUGAAGAUGAGGCGGCCAGAGUUAAUGGAGUGAGGAAACACAGGACAAGUUUACCAGCUCCCAUGUUCUCCAGAAAUGACUUCAGUAUCUGGAGCAUACUGAGGAAGUGUAUCGGGAUGGAGCUGUCUAAGAUCACCAUGCCGGUUAUUUUUAAUGAGCCGUUAAGCUUUUUACAAAGGCUAACAGAAUAUAUGGAGCACACGUACCUCAUCCACCAGGCCAAUGCUUUAGACGACUCUAUUGAGAGAAUGAAGUGUGUGGCAGCGUUUGCAGUAUCAGCCGUGGCGUCUCAGUGGGAAAGGACGGGUAAACCCUUCAACCCCCUGCUUGGAGAAACAUACGAGCUAGUCAGGGAUGAUCUUGGUUUCCGGCUGAUAUCGGAACAAGUGAGCCACCAUCCUCCUGUCAGCGCCUUUCAUGCCGAGGGAUUGCAGAAGGACUUUGUGUUUCAUGGCUCAAUCUACCCCAAACUGAAGUUCUGGGGGAAAAGCGUGGAGGCCGAACCUAAGGGCAUCAUCACUCUAGAACUUCCUAAGCAUAAUGAGGCUUACACAUGGACGAACCCCACGUGCUGUGUCCACAACAUCAUCGUGGGACAGCUGUGGAUCGAACAGUAUGGCAGUGUGGAGGUUAUCAACCACAGAACUGGUGAAAAAUGCUGUUUGAAUUUCAAACCGUGUGGCCUUUUUGGGAAAGAAUUGCAUAAGGUUGAAGGCUACAUCCUGGACAAGAGCAAAAAGAAGGUUUUCAUCCUUUACGGGAAAUGGACGGAGUGCAUGUACAUAGUCGACCCAGUUCUGUUCGAAACUCAAAAGAAGAAUGAUAAAAAAGCGUCGGAAGACAAGAAAAGCAGUAAACAGACAUCAGACUCAGAAGAAACGCCUCAACCAGGUGGAGAUUCACUGGAUGUGAUCCCAGGAAGUCAGUUGCUCUGGAGAAUUCCACCUAGACCAGCAAACUCUACCCAGAUGUACAACUUCACUACAUUCGCAAUGCAACUCAAUGAGCUGGUCAAAGAGAUUGAAACGGUCAUCCCAAAAUCCGACAGCCGACUGAGGCCGGACAUUCGAGCCAUGGAGAACGGAGACAUCGACCUGGCUAGUGAGGAGAAGAAGCGAUUGGAAGAGAAACAGAGGGCGGCACGUAAGAAUCGCUCUAAGUCGGAUGAGGAGUGGAAGACGAGAAACGUCGCCUCGGGCUCCAGGUGGUUUCAUCAAGGUCCAAAUCCACACAAUGGCUCUCAGGACUGGCUGUUCUCCAGUGGUUACUGGGACCGUGAUUAUUCCCAAGUACCGGACAUAUACUGAUCCACAGGAAUCUUGCCCUGUCAUUGAUAAAUGUAUAGUUAAGACUACCCCUAAUGUAACUAAAAAACAUGUACCUUGGGCUUGUUGGCCAGGUGAAUAUUUUAAAUAUUAUAUAUGCAAUACUUUAUCGAAAGACAACUGUUUUAAACUCACUGCUCUGUAUAGCUGAAUUUAGAGUUUUCACAGUUUCCUAUUUAAAAUGCAUAUGCAACAAUCAAGGCUUUUGAUAUAGUAACAAGCUGGCCUUGAUAUAUUAAUAUCAGUGUACUGUAAUGGCAAUAAUGGGC